AUGUUAUUAAUAGCGAAUGUGCUGUUGCUGAUAGCGACAACCGUGCCCAUAACAUGUGGUGAACCGUUUACGGGAUAUUAUGGAUCGAGUCUCAAUGUUAAUGGAGGCUUUGGUGGCGGUAGUGGCGGAGAUAUUUUGACACCAAAGUGUCCACGUCUCUGCACCUGUACAGGUCAUACCGUUGACUGUUCGCAUCGUGGAUUGUCAUCAGUGCCAAGAAAGAUUCCACUGGAAACUGAAAGAUUGUAA